UAGACGAUAGCCCGCCGUUUCUCUGCGGGAGCACCCGGUGGACCCUGGCCCAUGCCAGGGUGGACCAGCCCCUCUUACAGCCGCAGAAGUUGGACCCACACGCCUGCCGGCCCCUUCCAGCAGAUGGUACGCGAACAAUAUACUACAACGACACAAGGCACUAACCUAGAGAGGCCAGAGAACCAAUAUGUCUACAAAAUUGGCAUUUAUGGCUGGAGAAAGCGUUGCCUCUACCUAUUUGUCCUCCUUCUACUUAUCAUCCUAGUUGUGAAUUUUGCUCUGACAAUUUGGAUUCUUAAAGUGAUGUGGUUUUCUCCAACUGGAAUGGGACAUUUACGUGUCACAAAGGAUGGACUUCGUCUAGAAGGGGAGUCAGAAUUUUUAUUUCCAUUGUAUGCCAAAGAAAUUCACUCUAGAGUGGACUCAUCUCUGCUUCUUCAGUCUACACAAAAUGUGACUGUAAAUGCUCGCAACUCUGAAGGGGAGGUCACAGGCCGAUUAAAAGUGGGUCCCAAAAUGGUAGAAGUUCACAGCCAGCAAUUUCAGAUCAACUCCCAAGACGGCAAGCCGCUGUUCGCCGUCGAUGAGAAGGAGGUGGUGGUCGGUACCGACAGACUUCGCGUCACAGGGCCCGAAGGAGCUCUCUUUGAGCAUUCUGUGGAGACGCCCCUUGUCAGAGCAGAGGCAUUUAAAGAGCUUAGGCUGGAGUCCCCCACCCGGAGUCUAAGCAUGGACGCCCCCAGGGGUGUCCAUGUCAGAGCCCAAGCCGGAAACGUGGAGCUCCUCUCCCAGAUGGAUAUCAAGUUACACAGCAGUGAAGGCAUGCUCCUGCUCCCUUCCCCUCAUUGUACCACUCUCCCAUCCAGGUCGUGCUCGAUGCGGAAACCGUGUGUCUGCCCAAGCUGGUCCAGGGGACGACGGGCGGACCUGGCAGCCCGCAGAGACUCUAUGAGAUCUGCGCUUGUCCCGACGGAAGGCUUUACCUGUCCGCCGCCGGGGUGGGUUCCACUUGCCAGGAGUACAGUCGGGUCUGCCAGUAAAGCACCUGCUUGUAGUGCCGGCCGGCAGGGCUGCCCCUCCUUCCCUCUCCCAGUGAGUUUCACUCUCCCUAGACCAUUAGUUAUCUCGCAACAAAACAUAAAUGUGCAUCUCCCCUCUCCCCUCUAAAAGCAAAGCCCACAUUCAAGCGACUUGAAAAAUAUGAGUGGAGGCCAGCGUCCCAAAAGAGUCAAGGGGAAGGCGGCCACUACGAGUUUCAAGAACACCAAAAUAAUUUUGUUUCCUCUGCCCUGCUGAGCUGUUUCAUUCUCCUUAGACUGAAGACGAAGAACCAAUUGAAAAAGCUUCUCCCUCUGCCAGCUCUCUCCGUACAUGGAAGCGCUUGCGCCUGGGGCUCUGGCUCGGGACAUUCACUUCUUCUGGGGUGGUUGGAAAGAGGUGACAGGGACCCAAGCAUCAUCUGGGAAGCCGAAGGGCCUUUUUGAGAGGGGUGGAGAUCUGGGUUCAAAUCCUGACCCCCGCCACUGGCCUGCUGUGUGACCUACAGCCAGUCGCUUACCUUCUC